CUGGCAAAACUGCUCAGAGCUGCUGGAUCAUUCACCCCAGUCUGCUCUUCCAGCCUGUGGAGUGUGGUCCAGCCUCUUACUGAGCAGAACUGGCUGUCUUUGACGUCCACCUCCAGAUCAGAGUCAAGGAACGUUUUCAUAAUGGACACCUCAUCCAAAGAAAAUAUCCAGUUAUUCUGCAAAAAUGCAGUGCAACCUGUAGAGAGGCCUUCCUUUAAAACAGAAUAUUCCCCCUCAGAGGAGAAACCCCCCUGCUGUGGUGAACUAAAGGUGUUCCUGGGUGCCUUGUCUUUUGUUUACUUUGCCAAGGCACUGGCAGAAGGCUAUCUGAAGAGCACCAUCACCCAGAUAGAGAGAAGGUUUGAAAUCCCUUCUUCACUGGUGGGAGUUAUCGAUGGAAGCUUUGAAAUUGGGAAUCUUUUAGUUAUAACAUUCGUUAGCUACUUUGGCGCCAGACUUCACAGGCCAAAAAUCAUCGGCGCAGGGUGCCUGGUCAUGGGCGUCGGGACACUGCUCAUUGCGUUGCCUCAGCUCUUCAUGGAACAGUACAGAUAUGAAAGAUAUUCUUCUCUCUCCAAUUCCACUCAUAGCAUCUCGCCAUGUUUCCUGGAGUCUAACAGUCAAUUACCAACCUCAGUUAUGAAAAAAGCACAGUCUAAAAUAAAUAAUGAAUGUGAAGUCGACACCAGCUCCUCCAUGUGGGUUUAUGUUUUCCUGGGUAACCUUCUUCGUGGAAUUGGAGAAACGCCCAUCCAGCCUCUAGGCAUCACCUACCUUGAUGAUUUCUCCAGUGAAGACAAUGCAGCUUUCUAUAUUGGGUGUGUGCAGACGGUUGCAAUUAUAGGACCAAUCUUUGGCUUCCUGUUAGGCUCAUUAUGUGCCAAAUUGUAUGUUGACAUUGGCUUUGUAAACCUAGAUCACAUAACCAUUACCCCAAAGGAUCCCCAGUGGGUAGGUGCCUGGUGGCUUGGCUACCUAAUCGCAGGAGUCCUAAGUCUUGUUGCAGCUGUGCCUUUCUGGUGUUUACCAAAGAGUCUUCUGAGACCCCAAAGCAGAGAGGAUUCCAGUUCUUCUGAGAAGUCCAAGUUUAUUAUAGAUGAUCACACGGAGUACCAAACACCCAAUAGAGAAAAAGCAAAAAUAAUGGAAAUGGCAAGAGAUUUUCUUCCAUCACUGAAGAAUCUUUUUGGCAACCCAGUGUACUUCUUGUAUUUGUGUGCAAGCACCCUUCAGUUCAAUUCUCUAUUUGGCAUGGUGACAUACAAACCGAAAUACAUCGAGCAGCAGUACGGGCAGUCGCCCUCCAGGGCCAACUUUGUUAUCGGGCUCAUCAACAUACCUGCAGUAGCCCUUGGAAUAUUCUCUGGGGGAAUAGUUAUGAAAAAAUUCAGAAUCGGUAUCUUUGGAGCUGCGAAAAUCUACUUGGGAUCAUCUGCUCUUGGGUACCUCCUGCUCCUUUCCCUGUUUGCACUGGGCUGUGAAAAUUCUGACGUGGCAGGACUAACUGUCUCCUACCAAGGAACCAAACCUGUCUCUUAUCAUGAACGAGCUCUCUUUUCAGAUUGCAACUCAAGAUGCAAAUGUUCAGAGACAAACUGGGAACCCAUGUGUGGUGAAAAUGGAAUCACAUAUGCCUCGGCUUGUCUUGCUGGUUGUCAAACCUCCACCAGGAGUGGAAAAACUACAAUAUUUCAUAACUGCACCUGUGUGGGAAUUGCAGCCUCAAUGUCAGGAAAUUUCUCAGGCAUGGUGGGCAGAUGCCAAAAAGAUAAUGAGUGUCCCAAAAUGUUUUUGUAUUUCCUUGUAGUAUCAGUCAUCACAUCCUAUACUUUAUCUUUGGGUGGCAUACCUGGAUACAUACUGCUUCUGAGGUGCAUUAAGCCACAACUUAAGUCUUUUGCCCUGGGUAUCUACACUUUGGCAAUAAGAGUUCUUGCAGGCAUCCCAGCUCCUGUAUAUUUUGGAGUUUUGAUUGACACUUCAUGCCUCAAAUGGGGAUUUCAAAGAUGUGGAAGCAGAGGAUCCUGCAGAUUAUAUGACUCGAAUGCUUUUAGACACAUAUAUCUGGGACUAACUAUGCUGCUGGGAGUAAUGUCCAUUUUCUUAAGUAUUGCCGUACUUUACACUUUAAAGAAAAAUUAUGUUUCAAAGCAUAGAAGCCUCAGAACUAAGAGAGAGAGAACAAUGACAUCUACGAGAAUCAGGAAGGAGAGUUGUGCUACGAGUGACCUCUUACUGCAACCCAGCUGCUGGCCAGCCAAGGAGACGCAGCUUUAGAAAAGUGAUGUCUUGUGCCAUCUUUUCCAUUUUCUGGAAAUUCUGCAAACCAAUUAGAAUCAAUGUGUACAUUCUGUAUCCUUUUGAAAAAAUGUCUACUUUGUUUUUGAUACUAGGUAUUAGAUAAUGCACCUCAUAACAAAUAGACUUAAUCAUAUUAUAGAAAAUAUAGAUAAUGAAGGUAAAACUUUAAUUUAUAUGUCAAUCUCUUAUAUUAUUUACUCACUCCACUUCAUUUACCUUGUGCCCAAUGACAUAUUAGUUAUAUUCCUAGUAGAACAAUUGUCCCUAUAGUCUAAUAGCUAUAUGUAAAAUAAUUUUUAUGCUGAGAUACUUAUCUAGGAAAAGAGAAUACUGUUAAAAAAAUGAACCACAUCUUGGCCUCUUUCAAACAUCACCUUAAUGAUGUUGUUAGGAUAGAACCAGAACACGUAGAGAAAAUUUUCAUUAUAACCUUCUCCUUUCUUUUGAAAUACCAUCACUGAUGUAGAAAUGUAUAGAGGUAAAUGAUCUUGGGGGAUUUGAAUUUUGGAUAAUUAGCUUUUCUGCCAUUCAUUACAUGUGCUUUAUGUGUGACAUUUUAAGUGACCAUGGUUGUAAAGUAAUAAAAUUAAUACAAAUGUGCUUUAUUAUUCUUCUAUGAGUUCAGUGGAUUUAAAAAUAAUGUUAAAUACAAUACUGUCCACAUUACAGUUUAUGUAAGCAGCUCCAGACUUGUGCACACAAUGUCAUUCUAACACACAUCUGAAAGUUGAAUUUCGAAAAGUGUACCGUAAACUUAGGUGUUAUAAUAGGAAGGCAGAGCGAUGGGUUGAGGGGCCUGCUUCCCGCUGGUGCGCUCCCUGGCUCCUCUCACAGGGCCCCAGGGCUUCUGCGCAGCGGGCUGCUGCUGGCAUGGCUGUCAGAGACCUCUCUGUUUCUCUGCAGCUGAAAAAGGCAAGACAGGCAUUUCCUCCUCGCUGGCUUUCCAGGGCUUCUCUGCCUAAAUAUAGUAGGUACAGGAGUCCACCAUCUUUAAUUUUCAGCUUCAUUAGACACUAUGUUUUUUUUCCUCCAUCACAGCUGCACAAGAGGGACCUGCUAGCCCUCCCAAGAAAAGCAGACUUAAGAUGGAGUUCACCCCAGUGGAGUCUUGAAAUUGUACAGUUCUAAGCAGCCUUUAGAACAAACAGAACAAUCAACAGGGUACUUCCAACAAAGAGUCUUUUCCAGGUGUGUCAUGGAACCAAAUCCAACAGGAUUGCCCAGCUCAAAAACAUAGUACCACACAGAGGAGGACUCAAAAAAAAUGCAAAUGACAUGGUGUGCAGUCUUCUACUUAUUUGUUUCUUUAUAUACCAGUCCUGUGAAUGUGAAUGGAAAAGCUGGAGAUGAAAAGUUUGGGGAUGGAGAGUGGAAAAAUUUCCUUGAAAUACAUAUUAAUUUUGUCAUUUUAUUUUAAUUAGCAAUGCAAGGAUUUUUUUAUAUUUUACUACUUUUUAAAAUUGAAAAUAGGUUGAUGUUUUGUGUCCAGCAGGCCCACUUCAGACCUGUGGCUGCCCUAAUAAUUUGUAAGCAGGAAUCUUUUUUGUCAUCUGAGUAUCAAUCUUACCCAUGACAAAUAUUUACUGAAUGGGUAAGUGAGUACACUUGUCAAGAGUCUUCUUUGUAGAGGUAUAAUUAAAAUUCAGGUUCCUCAUCCUGUCUCCCACAUCCUCUGUUUUUCAAAGCGUUUUGUAGCAAUACCCUGAAAAAUAACUACUUUGCAAGUAAACUUUAAAACAGAAUCCUAUCCAAUGUACUCUUGAAUAACUUAAAAAAUAAAAAUUGGCAUAAGGGAGGAUUUUUUUCAUAAAAGCACUGAAUGUCAGUGAAAAGAAGGCAUGUUUAUGCAUAACCGUUAAUUCAACCGUGGAAUUAUAUAUGCUAAACUCAGCUGUACGGCAUAGGAGGGCAUCAUUUCCUGGGGAAUCGAAUGUACUAAAAGGAACCUUGAUUUUAGAGAAGUGAAUUCAUCUGACAGAAGCAAGCAGGCUUAUUACUCCUCAGAAAGAACAUGACUUUUUAAAAACCAAACCCCAUUUCCGAGGUCAAAAAUAUCCCCUCAGCGCCAGAGUCAAACAUUAGAGGUAAGGCCUUGACUGAUGUGUGGGAUCCCACAAUUGCUCUGCAUUCAAUGGGCCACUUUAUUUUCUUAUUCUAGAGCCAUAGCCCCUAGAGUUGAGUAGCACCUCAAAUGAGCAUCUGAUUCACUUUAACCUACAGAAAAAUAAUGCUCUAACAAUAUCAUCUUAUAAAUGGAAUAAUUUAGAUUGGGUUAAAUGAUUUGCUGAAGGUGGAGGCAGGCAGAUUCAUGCUGGUUUCUUCCAUCACAUCACUGUGCCUCUAAAGUAGGUAAUAAAAACAAAUCAUCUAAAACCUCUAAAAACAGCUGGAAGAACAUUUGUGACCAUCAGCAUU